CACUUUAGCAAUACUCUUCUCUCACCCGCUUCAUGUUCAUCUACGCCAAGAGUCGCUGUGAAAAAAGUCUCUCUGUUGUUGGAUCUUAUGUGAUAUAUGCCUCUGCAUAUUCUGCUCGUCAUCAUUUGAAUUUGUUCUUACCUACUGGGUUCAAAUUGUUCCGAUUCACCAGCAAUGCAUUCGCCAACCAAGAAACGUGCUCUUCUGGCUCACCUGGAAACAUUGACAUUGUUAUUGCAAAAGUUCAAUCUGGACGAAGUGAUGAUGAAAUUUUUCACUCUCUCAUGCAUGAUCAAGCUUGUAGCACUAUACCCAUCUCUCACAAUCUUGUUUUUCAGCUUCUUCAUCGAUUUAAAGAUGAUUGGAAGUCUGCAUUGGGCGUAUUUAAAUGGGCAGAAUCACACCCAGAGUAUACACCAUUAUCGGAGUCAUAUGAGAUGAUGGUGGACAUAUUAGGGAAAAUGAAGCAGAUGGAAAAGAUGAGGGCACUGGUCGAGCAAAUGCGUCAGCAUCAUCAAGUUACGAUUGGUAGUAUAGCCAAGGUCAUGAGAAGGCUCUGUGGGGCGGGAAAAUGGGAAGAUGCUGUUAUCAUAUUUGAUGAACUAGAAAGAUUUGGAUUGGAGAAGAAUACCGAAUCCAUGAAUCUCAUACUUGACACCCUCUGCAAAGAAAAUAAAGUUGAGCAGGCUCGCAAGAUUUUCUUGGAGCUGAAAUCAUACAUCCCACCAACUGCUCAUACUUAUAACAUAUUUAUUCAUGGAUGGUGUAAGGUUAACCGGGUUGAUGAAGCACAUUGGACAAUUCAAGAAAUGAAAGGAAAUGGUUGUAAUCCAUCUGUUAUCAGUUAUUCAACCAUUAUCGAAUCAUAUUGUCGGCAUUCCAACUUUGAUAAAGUCUACGAGCUACUAGAUGAAAUGGAAGCUCAAGGUUGCCCUGCUAAUGUUGUAACCUUCACCAUCAUCAUGUGUUAUUUAACAAAAUCAGAGAAAUUUGAGGAAGCACUGGAAAUACCCGAGAAAAUGAAAUCUGUCGGAUGUAAACCUGAUACGCUCUUUUACAAUGCGUUGAUUCAUGCUCUAGCAAAAUCUGGCCGAGUUCAAGAGGCUCGUAAUGUGUUUGAGGUUGAAAUGCCGAGUUUUGGCGUUGUGCCGAAUACAUCUACUUAUAACUCGAUGAUUUCAAUGUUUUGUCAUCAUGGUCAGGAUGAAGAAGCUAUAAAUAUGCUUAGGAAUAUGGAAAAUUCGCAGAACUGUAGACCGGAUAUCCAUUCGUAUAAUCCGCUACUGAAGCUGUGCUUUAGAACUGGAAGAACGGAUGUAUGGUUGGGAUUAAUGUUGGAUGAAAUGAUCGAUAAGCAUCAUUUGAGCCUUGAUUUGUCUACAUACACUCUCUUGAUCCAUGGUUUAUGUAGGGCGAACAAAUGUGAUUGGGCUUAUCAUUUCUUUCAGGAGAUGAUUGCUAAAGAUAUUAGACCGAGAUAUUAUACAUGUUCGUUGCUUCUGGAUGAAAUCAAGCAGAAGAAUAACUAUGCUGCUGCUGAUCAUAUUGAAGACUGUAUGAAGCAUAUGAAAUCAAGUUGAACACCAAAAGGUAACCCUUUUUAGCUGUAAGAAGUUAUAAAGUUUAUAUAAAUUUAGUUAGCGAAAUGAUGUAUGCGAAGUGCAAGUUGUUUUUAUCACCUAUGAAACGCGGGUCGUAUUUUGAACAUUCGA